AUGAGAACAAGAAACGGAACUGAAACUCAUGAGGAAAAUACAACCUCGACACAGCCUCGAGGUCACAAGAGACAGUCUAGCAAGAAAGACUCAUCCGCGCCAGAACCAGAAGCCAAACAGGCAAAGAAGACCCAAGACUCCAAUGCCCAGGCAAAACCACCAACUACCGAUGAGCAGCCAGAGGCACAGAAGCCAACUCUCACAGAGAAAGACCUCGAGUUUGACUUUGACUAUUCGCAAAUCCGCGACCCUCGACGCACUCCAGGACGCGUCAAAAGACCACGUUAUGAAGAGAGAGAUCUCAGCGAAGAAUGGCUAUCGAAAUUCCACAUUCCCAAUCACAAAAGCCCACAUACAGAUCCUCUUUACACUUUCUACGACCUAUACAAAUGUCACAAGAAGGGUCCUGAUGGUUCUCCCACCUAUGACAGCGCAGGCUUCCAACUCGACUACAAGAAAGUUGAACAAUGGAUGAAGCCACAACGAUACAACAAGAAAAGUAUCAUGAAUGGCAUGGACCGAAGUCUGAAGAGAGCUGAAGAUGAGAAGCAAAUGGCGUAUGAGACGUUCUUCGUGGACGGCAAAGGACCAGAAGGUGAUAAGCUCGCAGUCAUGGAUCUGAUCAAGGAUCAAAUGUCUAAAGAUAUGAAUGUUCCAUUCCAUCAAAUUGAUGUUAAACAGAUGAAGAAAUGGGGUGAGAAGGGUUUCAAAAAGGUCAAGGUAGAUGAGUGGUGGUCCGAACUAAAUCAGGUUGAGAGAGAUCGUUUCAUGAAGAUGCAUGGGGGUUCAGCUCUGAGAAAGCAUUUGUAG